AUGGGGGCUCUCCCGGCGCUGCUCGGGGCCGCUUUGCUUUGGGCCGGCGCCGGGGCCCUCGUCAACCUCAAGUACUCGGUGGAGGAGGAGCAGCGGGCCGGCACGGUGAUCGCUAACGUCGCCAAGGACGCCCGGGACGCCGGGUUCGUGCUGGACCCCCGGCAGCCCGCCGCCUUUCGGGUGGUCUCCAACUCGGCACCCCACUUGGUGGACAUCAGCCCCGGGUCCGGGCUGCUGGUGACCAAGCAGAAGAUCGACAGGGACCUGCUAUGCCGGCAGAGCCCCAAGUGUGUCAUCUCGCUGGAGGUGAUGUCCAGCUCCAUGGAGAUCUGCGUGAUCAAGCUGGAGAUCAAGGACCUGAACGACAACGCGCCCAGCUUCCCCACGGACCAAAUCGAGCUGGAGAUCUCGGAGACGGCCAGCCCUGGCACCCGGGUGCCACUGGAGAGUGCCUAUGACCCGGACUCGGGCAGCUUUGGUGUGCAGAGCUAUGAGAUCACCCCCAAUGACCUCUUUGGGCUGGAGACCAAGACGCGGGGUGAUGGGUCCCGUUUUGCUGAGCUGGUGGUGGAGAAGAGCCUGGACCGUGAGACCCAGUCCCACUACAGCUACGUGAUCACGGCUCUGGAUGGUGGUGACCCGCCCAACUUUGGCACGGUGGAGCUCAGCAUCCGCGUCAUCGACUCCAAUGACAACAACCCGCUCUUCGAGGAGCCAGCCUACACCGUCAGCGUGCCUGAAAAUGCCCCUCCGGGGACGCCAGUCAUCCGCCUCAAUGCCUCUGACCCGGACGAGGGCACCAACGGCCAGGUCCUCUACUCCUUCCACAGCUACGUCUCUGAGCGGGCCCGGGAGCUCUUCCAAAUCGACCCCCAGAGCGGCCUCAUCACGGUGAGCGGUGCCAUCGACUAUGAGGAGGGUCACGUCUACGAGCUGGACGUGCAGGCCAAGGACUUGGGGCCUAACUCCAUCCCUGCCCAUUGCAAAGUGACCAUCAGCGUCCAGGAUGCCAACGACAACCCGCCCCUCAUCAACCUGCUCUCUGUCAACAGCGAGCUGGUGGAGGUGAGCGAGAACGCCCCGCUGGGGUACGUCAUCGCCCUGGUGCGCGUCUCGGAUCGCGACUCCGGGGCCAACGGGCGCGUGCAGUGCAAGCUCCUGGGCAACGUGCCUUUUCGACUGCAGGAGUACGAGAGCUUCUCCACCAUCCUGGUGGAUGGGCGGCUGGACCGGGAGCAGAGGGACCAGUACAACCUCACCAUCCAGGCUAGGGAUAACGGCAUCCCUUCCCUGCAGGCCACCAAAUCCUUCACCGUCAAGAUCACCGAUGAGAAUGACAACCAUCCCCACUUCUCCAAGCCCUACUACCAAGUCAUUGUGCAGGAGAACAACACCCCAGGGGCUUACCUGCUGUCGGUGUCAGCCAGAGACCCUGACCUGGGCCUCAAUGGCAGCGUGACCUACCAGAUCGUGCCCUCCCAAGUCAGGGACAUGCCUGUCUUCACCUAUGUCUCCAUCAACCCCAACUCUGGAGAUAUCUAUGCUUUGAGGUCCUUCAAUCAUGAACAGACCAAGGCCUUUGAGUUCAAGGUCUUGGCUAAAGAUGGGGGUAAUCCCUCUCUGCAGAGCAACGCCACUGUCAGGGUGAUCGUCCUGGACGUCAAUGACAACACGCCCGUGAUCACGGCCCCGCCGCUGGUCAACGGGACAGCAGAGGUGUACAUCCCCAGGAACGCAGGGGUUGGCUACCUGGUGACAGUGGUCAAGGCAGAUGACUAUGACGAGGGUGAAAAUGGCAGACUUUCCUAUGAAAUGGUGGAAGGAGACAGAGGGUUUUUUGAGAUCGACCAGGUCAAUGGAGAAAUAAGGACCACCAGAGCCUUUGGGGAGAAUGCCAAAACAGCCUAUGAGCUCAUCGUGGUGGCUCACGACCAUGGGAAAACAUCUCUCUCGGCUUCUGCCUUGAUUUUGAUAUACCUGUCUCCAGCUCUGGAUGCCCAGGAGUCCAUAGGAUCUGUUAACCUCUCCUUGAUUUUCAUUAUUGCCCUGGGUUCUAUUGCAGCCAUUCUUUUUGUCACCAUGAUCUUUGUGGCAGUCAAGUGCAAAAGGGAUAACAAGGAAAUCAGGACCUACAACUGCAGAAUCGCAGAGUACUCGUACGGGCAUCAGAAGAAAUCAAGCAAGAAGAAGAAGAUCAGCAAGAACGAUAUCCGCCUGGUGCCGCGGGACGUGGAGGAGACGGACAAAAUGAACGUGGUGAGCUGCUCCUCUCUCACCUCCUCCCUCAACUACUUCGACUACCACCAGCAGACCCUGCCCCUGGGCUGCCGCCGCUCCGAGAGCACCUUCCUCAACGUGGAGAGCCAGAACAGCAGGAACGCCGGCUCCAACCACAUCUACCACCACACCUUCACGGGCCAGAGCCCCCAGCAGCCCGACCUCAUCAUCAACGGCAUGCCCCUGCCCGAGACUGAAAACUACUCCUUUGAUUCCAACUACGUGAACAGCAGAGCUCAUUUAAUAAAAAGCUCCACGUUCAAGGACUUGGAGGGGAACAGUCUGAAGGACAGUGGCCAUGAGGAGAGUGACCAGACAGACAGCGAGCACGACGUGCAGCGGGGCCUCUACUGCGACACGGCCGUCAACGAUGUCCUCAACACCAGCGUCCCCUCCAUGGGCUCCCAGGGCCCCGAGCCAGAGCAGAGCGAGGGUUUGCAGUGCCGGGAGGAGUGCCGCAUCCUGGGCCACUCGGACCGCUGCUGGAUGCCCCGCGGCGCCGUGCCCAGCCGCGCCAAGUCCCCGGAGCACGGCCGGAACGUCAUCGCGCUGUCCAUCGAGGCCACGGCGCUGGACGCGGAGCCUUACGCAGACUGCAGCACAAAAAGGACCUUCGCCACCUUCGGCAAGGAGGGCGGCGAGCCCCCGGCCGACGAGCGGCUCGCCAACGCCAAGGCCAAAAGAACGGUGGACUCGGCCGCCUGCAGCCCCAAGGUGAGCGGCGCCGUGCGCGAGGCCGGCAACGGCUGCGAGGCCGUCAGCCCCGUCACCUCGCCCCUGCACCUGAAGAGCCCCUUGGCCGCCAAGCCAGCCGUGGUGCCCUACGGGGCCGGGCACUGCCGGGAACGGGAGCCCUUUGGGAACACUGGCCCUUCCCGGCCCACGGAGGCAGAGCCCCGGGGCGCGGACAGCGAGAGCGGCGGGCAGGAGGGCAACCCGCUCCUGCAGGAGCGCCGGGAAAAGGACUCGCCCGGAGCCCGGAGACUAAAGGACAUCGUCCUCUGAGCGACACGUGGCAGCACGAGGACGAGGACGAGGACGAGGACGAGGACGAGGAUGAGGAUGAGGGACCGCACGACUCCCAGCGCAGAUUGUUUUUAUCGCUUACCAAUGGUUCACAGAUUGCUGUAUUUAAAAGCUUUCCCUCAAUGUAUUGUUUAUAAAUGGAGCUAUCGUUCAUGUGACAAUCCCACGUGUCUGACAGGCGGCAGGGGUGUGCAGCCAGAGCAGCUGGUGGUUUUUU